UUUCCCAUUUUUCACUCGUGCGGGUUUCCCGGUUUGACUUGUGACAGGUUCUUUGAACUACGAAUUCAGUCAAAACGAUGGCCCGAACACUCUUGCUACCCUCCCACACUUACGGAGUCCAGAGUUAAAUUUAUUAUUGACGAAUUGUCAUAGCGUUUACGUACUUUGCUUCCGCGUGCAGUCGGAAAACAUGACAACCGCCCGAUUGAAGCUGGUCAUAAAGGGAAGCGUGGCAGUGUGCCUCACGGCUGCCCUCGCGCACUACUGGGGCCACCUGGACAGCGUUGGCGUCGCCCUCAUGUACGGCGGCAUGGUGUCCCUGGGUGUGCUUCUUGGGUGCCGCAGCGUGCUCUGCUCAGACGAGAGGUUUCCGGUCGUCCUCAAGGCGCACAAGGGGAGGAAGCUGCUCGAGCAACUGUUCCAGGAGAAGCUGAAAGAACACAGCCGGUUGGACAGCGCCGAGAAGACGAGGCACGUCGUCUUCUCGCGGGACGUGGAUGCCAGGCUGAACGAGAUCCUGGACCUGUGCAUCAGGGACUUUGUCCUUCCCUGGUACCGGCAGCUGGUCCCGGACCACCAGUGCUUCUGCAUGCUACUUAGGAAAUGCAGGCGCGCCUCGUUUUCCUACCACAUUGCUGCACCCAGGAGCGAGAUGUGGCGCGUGCUGCGCAACAUCAAGGAGCGCUGCCACAAGAUGGACGACGUGAAACUUCUCACGGACCACGUGGUGCGAAGACUGCAGAGCCAUCUCCGUGCGGCGCGUCUUGCCAGUGGCAGGAGCGGCGAGAAGCGCCCGUUCCCUCUGAGUCCAUUCCUGGAAACCCCUGAAAAGGAGCUGGACCACCUCCGCCAAGUGUCCGACUUCCUGCUGGCGUUGCUCUUGCCGUCGGAGUACGCGCUCUGCAUCUCAGUCAGACAUCUUCUACGCGAGAUACUGGCCUGUUUAGUGUUGCAGCCGACGGUGGAGAUGGUGGCAGACCCGGACUACCUGAACCAGAAGCUGGUGUCGUACCUGCAGUGGCUGCAGGUGGAGAACGAGAAGCACAGCCGCACCUACGCCUACGCCGAGACCUGGGAGGAUUUCAUCUUCGUCAUCGAGACCUGUACAGACGUCCAGGACCUCAAGCGCAUGCGAUUUAACAUUGUCUCGGAGAUAAUGCAAGCCACUACAGCAAACAACCUGAAGAAAGCCAGGGGCAUCAGUGAAGACAAGCAGUGUGAGCCCCAGAGCACGGCCAAAGGAGACCUCCUCAAGUCACGCAACCUGUCCAAGUACAUCAAACAGCUGACGUACGCCAAGGCGCUGUGCGAGAAACAGCUGCGCCUGGUGGGGGGCGUGGACUGGGCCCCAGCCACGGAAGAGCAGGAGAGCCUGCCUGGCCGCAAGGUGUUUGCCUUCUCCGUGCUCAUGGAGUCUCCUGUCUGCAGGGACUACCUGGCACGCUUCCUCCAGGGCGAGGAGCUGGGGCGCUCUCUCCUCACGUUUUGGCAAGAUGUGGAGGAAAUGUGGCUCUCAAACAAGGAUGAGUGGCAUCAGAGAGGCAAUGAGAUCUACCAGCGUUACAUCAAGCGCCCUUGGCCAGGCGUUCGUCUCUCCAAGGGAGUCUUGCGUGGCAUUGAGGCUUUCAUCAUGGCCAAUAAGGGUCCAGAGGCGUUUCGUCAGGCCCAACAAGAGGUGUAUCAGGCCAUUGAAGAGCGCUACUACCACUCGUUCCUUGUGAGCGAGGCUUACCACAACAUGAUCCUGGAGACUCAGCGACUCAACCUCGACCUUGGCUCCUCCAGAGAAGAGGAAAGAGAGACGCCCCAGGCAGAAGAGCGUGCUCCACUGCCCUCUGGAUUACCGCAUCCCCCUACGGUAACAGAGUGCUGCAGCCUGGCGCAGGAGCGACUCUCGCGCUUGGAGGCCCGCAUGGACGAGAAGCGGAGGGCGCUGCAGGCACUGCAUGCCACUUUAGACUCGGACCCCAAGAUGGUGCAAACCCUCGAAAAGGAGAUGGAGUCAAUGCGUGGGCAGUGCGAUCGCCUGGCCGCUUACAUAGAACGGCUUCAAGCCUGGAUUCAGGGCUUGGGACUCUGGACGGCAAGCAUACACAGCUCACAGCUUGUGAAGGACAGUAACCUGAAGCUGGUGCCAUACUUUGCCAUCCUGGUGAGCGUUCCAGACAGCAGUCGCUCGGGCUGGGUGGUCACCAAGACCAUUCCGGACUUCCACUGCCUUCAACAGCGUCUUCUUCCUGUUUGUCCCGAACUGAAGCAGCAAGCACUGCCGUCUGCCAACAAGCCACGUUUCCGCAACUACAACCAGCCCUUCCUGGACAAGACACAGCCUAUCCUACAGCGAUUUCUCGAUUUUGUGAUGAAGGAGGAGCGACUGAACAAGAGCGAUGCCCUCUACAGCUUCUUCAGCCAGGGGCCUGACCCACUGGAGCAGGACCUGCCUGCUGCAAAGAAGGGCUUUCCGUUUCCUCUGCUUCAGUUUUUCCGCAACCUGUCGGGCCCAACACUUUUUGACAGUAAUGAGGAAGAUGACGACCUGUUCUUCAGCGACCGAGACCUGCGAGAAGACAAGAAGGAUGACGUAGCAGUGCCCCUGUACGCACUGGCGGACGAGCUGUUUGAGCUCCAAGGAGUGUUCAACUGGCUGCGCCGAGCUCUCAUUUCCUUUGUGCAGACAUCCUACGGCAAGACCAUCAACAGGCAACUUCGGGAGUGGGUGUCCUGGGCAGUGUCUGAGCCCGUGCAGCUCCAUCUGUUGGAGCAGCUGCGAGACUCCCUCUGGCCGGGGGGCAAGCUGGCACCGGCGAUGCAGCCCCGGUCGGAGCAGGAGCAGAGUGCAGCACGCAAGCAGGCCAAGCUCCUGCUCCUCGCCAACCUGCCUGAUAUCCUGAAUGUGGUGGGGCAGCAGAAUGCACGGAAAGGUGCUGCAAAGGCCUUCGACAUCCUGCAGAAUGUUCGCCUUAACAAGCAGCUGUUCUAUGAUCUUUUGGGGGCCUUCCUCUUGGAAUUUGCUCCAGAACUCAGACCCCACUGAGAGGACACUGCAACCAAGAACCUCACGUCUCUAGUCUUCUCAAAAGUAGUCUAACUUGCACUUAACAGCACCACUUGCAAAGUGCAUCAUCCCUAAUUGAAGCAGGGUGUCAAGUCUUACAAAAAAAUGUAUGUAAAGCCUUGUGGCUUCAUGUGCUGGAGUAGCCAUAUCAAAGACUGGCAAAUUUUGUAGUGGUGCAGUUAACGUGUGAAAACAACCGUACCUACAGGGUCACAAUGACCUUACGUCGUUAUGCAGGGUCUUAGCACAAGUCAAAAAACUUCCAAGGUUACCGCAUUCCAUGUACAUUUUGGUGGGGUGUUGUUACCUUAUCUUUUGUGCCAAGCAUCAAGUCACUGGUUGUGCUCGUAUGCGAGUUAAAAGUUUGAUUGCGACACAGUCUUCUGCUCAACAGUGGCAAUGUUUGUACAAAGUUUUUGAAGAAACUGUGUUGUGCAGUGGUGGCUUGCAGUGUCAUGCAUGAUGCAUGGGUGGUCUUUCAUGAAGAGAGCAAAAAAUAAUUAAUCUAUUGAUAUGUCUCUUAAAUUCUUAAUGUAUUAAAAUUAAAUUAAUUUAUUUUUGUGUGGAUUACUAAUUGUAAAUUUGUAGAUGCCAGUGAGGCCAUUUCUAUACCAUUUGCAUCAAGGGGCAUUUCACCAAAAUGAAGAAUUUGAGCCAACAUUCUGGUAACGUUUUGGUUCUUUUAGGUCUUUACUUUGUACUGUGCUUGCUGAUUGUAUUCCUUUUUUUUUUGUGACAGUUCUUCAAUUUUUUUGUGUUUUGGUGUUUUCAAGCACCAUGUUUUACUUGUGUUUAACAAGUGUGAUGCAACCAUCUUUUAUGUAUUCAGAAACCCCUACUGUAAUGCUCUCUGAGCGAUGUAGAUACUGUAUAAAUAAAUAAAUACCGUAAACAACUUUU